AAUUGGAACGUCAUCGCUAAUUUCCCCGAGUUUCAUCUCAUGCUUCCAAAUAUGCCCCCAUUCAAUUUAGGUUUUAAUGAUUUCUUCAUCAUGAAAUCAAAGGUUUAUCGGUUAUGGCAAUGAAAUCGUCGCUGGUUGAUGAUCAAUUGAAACCUAUAACAAUUAAUGGAAACCGCUGAUUGAAUGCUUGCAGCAAAUUGAAGAGGGAAAUUGAUUCCAGGCCUCCAAUUCAUUAAUAGGGAACGACCUUUCUUUCUCUCAGUUGUAAUACUCGAAAGUGUUUUUUUAAUUUCACACAUCUCCUUCCAAUUCACCCCCAAGAUUCCGCUGAUUGUUGAGAGAGAUGGAGUAGAGGGAAAUUGUGAGAUCGGGGGAGUGGGUGCCGGCCAUUGCCUCUAGCCAGGCACCCUAUCCCGAUGACGACAGUGAUACUGGCUGUGGAUGUCGGAGAAGGAGAAUGAAUGUCGGAGAUGAUGUUGACGGUUGUUGAUGGUGGUGUCCGAUGAAUGGGACAUGCGGCAAUUAAGAUUCUUUUAUAGAUUCGACAUUCAAGUUUGGGAUUUUGCGUUCUUAAGUAAUCUCAAACUUUGGCGUGUUUGCUGUUCAAAUAAGAUUGCAUGCAGCUUUUACCUUGGGGAGGAAAACUCACAAGCGAGUCUUUGAAAUUUUUCUUCUCGAUAGUCAUAUGGACGCGGUUUUCUUCAAGUCAUGAAAAACUCGAUAUUUUGUUUUUGGCAUUCACAGAUUACUACAAGGUGUGGCUCAGUUUGAUGAAUCAGGCAACAGAGGAGACUGACGUUUCUCAAAUAAGUUUGAAUCGUGAGGCGCCACAUAGGUAUUUAACUUGGAGAACCCAAAAGGAUCCAGGCUACAAUCUUCUCAAAAGAUUAAUUGGGGUGACUCUUGCAGAGGUUUUUCUUCCUUCAGAUGUAAAAGACGAUAUUGACAAAUUGAACGUUGACUUAAACAAUACUGCUGGUACACUGAGGCAGAAAGCACACCUAAACUCGCUAAAACUAAGAUUCGUUUUCGAUAAUGUGCGGUCAUCUAUGAUUGCUAUCGCCAUAGUGAUGCUUCUUGCUUCGAACCCUAAAUCUCCUCUCUUUAUCACUCAUCUCAACCAGAUUUUGAGGUAAGUUUUUGACUUUUUUAUUGUAAUUUGUUUGUUUUUUCUUUAUUUCUUAUCGUCUGUUUUAUUCAAUACUCGAUAAAUCUUGUUGAUUCGCCUCGGAGGCCAUCGAAUUGUAUGCAUAAUUCUCUUAUCAUGAUUUAACCUUAAAGGUUGGUUUGAUUUCUAUGUAUAGUUGAUUUAAUUA